AAAAUAAAAUUAAAAAAAAGGGUUAAAUAGACCAGGUAUUCAUCUAUCAUGAAUUUGUCAAUAUGAUAAAUUUUCUCCGACCCAGAUGGUUCCAAAUGGCCCUUCCUUUCCCUUCUCUGUCUCCUGCUCGUCUACAUCAGACUUGGCACAUACCCAUUCCCUCCUCACCCUCUUGUUCCCUUGACACUUGACUUCCAAGCCUCCCUUGUCAGCUGGGCUCUGGGCUGAAUGCCAAAGUGAAGAAGGGGGACUUGCCAAUAAGCCUUCAUAGUGGAGGUCACAAUGUGGUGUCUGUGAUGAGGUCCCUGUUAUAACUGGGCUGGCAUGAAAGACCUCACUGGGUAUCAAUCUCCUCUGGGAGACCACAGAACACAGGUGUCACCUCUCCCUUCUUCUCAACCUCCACCCCAGACCUUAGCAGAUUUCCUUUUAGCAUUUAGCAGGUGGCUGAGGAAGCAAGAGGUGAGGUGUUGGGACUGAGAUGUGGUGUGAAGGGUUAGGGGAGGAACGGAAGCCAUCAGGACAGGGGGCACUGGUCUGUUGGCCCCAGCCCCUCCUCCUUCCCAGUACCAGGUGUCAGAACUAAACUACUGUCUGCUGGGGCACCAUCGUGGAUGCCAGAGAUGAGGGUUCGAUACUUGAAGUGGAGUCUGGUAGCUGCCUGUAUGCUUACAUUGUGUCUGAUAGCCUCCUUCCUGAGCCAGGAAUUCAGCCAGAAUGACCUCCAUGAAAAGGCCAGAAUACAGUCAAGGCCAGAAUCCUGCCAAUGCUUCAGAUCUUUCAGAAAGUGUAUGUGUUCAUCUGAGAUCUUCGAGUGCCCUGCCUGCCUCCACACACCUGGAGGAUCUGACUGGUUUGAUGAAUGCUUCGAAAAGGCCGUUGAGCCUGUGCAGAAGUCAAAAGAGCCCAUGUCCUCUGAUGCUCUGAUACUGUGGUUGGAUGAACCAGGCCCCUGUCCAAGGCUUUGAGAUGGAUGUGGGGAACAAAACCACCAUGCGCAUUAUGUACCCUGAGAUGGCUAGCACACAGGAUCCUGGCACCCAACUGCUGCUGCUUCCUCUGAAUUCAUCUGGUCUAAAGUGGUUUAUGGAAGUGCUGCGGGAACAGAGCUUCAGAAGCCCAGUAAACCCUGGAUUUCAGAUAGUCCAGGUCCCCAGUGGAAGUAACAAGAGCAAAGACAAGGUCUUGGUGAUCAGCCUCCACUUUCUCCAGUAUGUCCAGCAUUGUUGGCUGGGGAAACACAGUUGGUUUCCAUCCUUGGGGUUCGUGGGUUUGUUGUAUGCCCUGCACACAUGUGACCAGGCACUGAUGCUAGGAGACCUAACCCCAUUCCAGCUGGCCAAGGAGGAACUUUUCAGCUGAUCCCCACAGCAAAGCCCUGAGACCCACCCAUGCCAGUCCUGUGCUAUGCAACGUGGAACUCGGGGAAUCUGAAGUCUUCACAAUAUGGAGUAUCCACUGAGAAGCACCACCUGUGCUCAGUGGGGGCAAGAGGGUGAGGGUGGUGAGCAGUGCCAGCCUGUGAGCCCCAAAGCCUUCCUGACUUCCUUUCCUAUCUCUGCAGAAUGAACCAGGCCCCAGUUUUAGGUCCAGAGAACAACAAAGGCAACAAACAGAAUCUACCUGCACAUAAUGCACCUGAGAAUGCCCAUGACCUGGAGAGAAUAUCCACACACUGCUGGUGUUGUCGCAGCCACCAGAUAUAGGGUGGACUGUAGUGGUCUUGAGCCAAGGUGGAAAAGGGCAUCUUUUAACCAGGUGGUGUGAGGGUGGAGGCCCCAGGCCUGGAGCAGACAGCCCUGGCUUUUUGGUGUAAACAUUGAUCUUGUCACUCUGCAGUGUGUGACUGUAUACUCCCCACCUCCCUAACCUACAACCAGUAUUUCCUUCUCUACUUCAUGCUUUUCUGCCUUCACGCUUCUACUAGUCCCGUGUAGGGAAGCAUAUGAGUCAAGGUAAUUAAAUUGUGCUCUGGUGAUCGUUGCUGUAACAUGCAAACUAUGGAGGCUCACUGAGAGAAUGGGGUGCCGCACAUGGCAGACCCAGGCACUCCCUAGGAACAUUGCCCAGACUCUGACUCAGCUCUUGUCCUCUUCGACUCUCAAGACUUUCUGUUCUGUACCAGCCUCUAGCAAAGGAGAGGCUGGAACAGAGGAGAAAAGUUUUGUGAAAGGAGGCCUUUGACCUCAGCUCUGACUUUUCCCCCCAGAUUCUGGUGACCAACUUCAUCAUCCUCAAGUGCAUCCACGAGACCUCGCUGGUCAGAGACAUUUCCCAACCACCAGAUUCGGUGUGGGGUGAAGGAAAAGAAGGUCUGGCCUGAUGCCUUUAGGCAAGGUUGGGUCCUGCCUAGAAGAUCCACACUCUUCUCUAAGCUAGAGAACCAGAGGUGAAGGACCAAAAAGUAAGGAACCAAGAGAAGUCCUGUUUGUCCUUGAGAACUCCUAGCACAGGAAAGGCCAGGUGAGGAUUCUGAGCCACAGGGAAUCUGAGUAGAGGCAGGGUCCAGGCCAGCAUCUCUGGGGCUCCAGAUACAAUUCUGGGGAGCUCUAAGCUGUAACUUUUUACUAAGUAUCUGUUGCUGAGUCCCAUGCCAUGAAUUUUUAGAACAAAACUUCAGCAGUGGUGAACAGCACCCUGUCUACUGUGUGAUGUGAUGAAAUAGAUCCUGAGUAAACAGGUUGGGGGAGUGUGGUGCUGCCCUCAAACCCCUGCAUUCUUAACUGGCCUUAGCUCCAUCCUCAGGCUUAGGAAAAGGAAUUCCAGAAGGAAAUCAGUUGAAGGGCCAGAGAAAGGCCAUGCCCUGCUUUUUUAGAGAAGCUGUUCUCUUAGGCUUCAAGGAAGUUGCCAACAGUUAACUCUUAAGUCUGUGAACUGGGUUCAGUCCAGGGUGCCUCCACCAGGGUGAGUCUAUUAGUGACGAAUUCUGCCAUAGUCUAUCCUCUUUACUGGCUUGACACGUGGUUGGACUGCAGAGGACCAGAGUUGGUUCCAGCUGGUGUGUCCAGGAAGGGAUGCCAAGGGCAUUCACCCAGAGCAGGAGAAUGAGGCUCCGUGGAAUGUCUGAACUCUACAGACUGACUUUAGCCAAAGGUCAGCUCAGUGUUUUUGAAGCCCCAGAAGUGGUUUUAAGUCAAGAACAUAUGAUGGUUCCUUAUUAUCCAUGAGUUUGAAUCUGGAUCCCACGGCCCUCCAUAAUCUCCCUCCCUCCGCACCCAACCUCAGCCCCAGCACACUCUGCCACAGGCCGACCAAUCUCACCAGCAUGCCAACUCCUCCAUCCUUCAAGGGCCAGCUCAUGCCUUCUUGCCUCAGUCCCCAGUCCCCUACGUACUUCUAGUCAGUACACAGUACUGUCUGUGACUCAUUGACGAGUGCUCAUCUGUUCUUGUCCAUUGGACUCCAGCUCCCUGUGAACAGGGGCUUUGACUUGUUG